GGGAGUCAGGAGUGGACGUACAUAGCAACAACCUCGAUCAACGCUGCGAUUUAAAUAAAACCCUUCUCACAUUCUCUAAUACAGAGUCUGUGUUGAUGAUAUCGACUUUACUUGUUGAUAACUGUCUGCAGCCGUAAGGUUGUGAGGAUGAUGGCGGCAGUGCCUCUAUCUAGUGCCAGCAUCCUUCCACUUCUGGAGUGUCUAGAAGAUGAUGCAGCUGGGCUGUCAGAGCAUACAGAUGCCUACAUCACCAUAGCAAACCGUCUCAAUGGGGAAGACGGACGUCAGUUUCUGCCUGUAAUCGUAAAACAUUUUGCACGUCUUAGUAAAGUCCUUCUGGUUCACAUCUCCAGUGAGAAUGAGGAGCUGUGUCAAGCCGCUCUCCAGGCGUUGGGCUUCUGUGUCUUCCACUCACAUAUUGUUUCUGUUAUCCCAGCGAAUGUUUCAGAAGAGGUAUUGUCUACACUCUGUAAUGUUGUGGUCAAGUCUAAAGAGAAAUUUACAUGUACCCGAGCAUUAUGGGUAAUUUCCAAACAGAAUUUCUCUUCAGAGGUGGUGGCUAAAAAGACGCCAGAGAUUCUCAAGAGCCUGGAGGCUAUGCAGACCCGAGAAGUUCAGUCAAUUCUUAUAGAUCAUGAGUCACUCAAUGUCAUCAUAAGGUUGCUGGAACAGGCACCAUCUCAGAUGGCAGCUGGAGCCGUGUGCUGGGCCAAGCUGGUUGUUCCUCUGGUUGUUCACUCUGCCAAUAAAGUGCGUUUGCGUGCGGCAGCAGCCAUGGAGCUGGGCAUGCCUCUUCUCCUGGAGAAACAACAGGAAGUGGCUGCCAUUGUAGAGCCAAUGAUGUCCUCUAUGCUCAUCCCUGAAAUGCAGAAACUGUUUUCUUCGAAGAAUGAGACGAAUAUGCUGAAGCUCUGGCCUUUGUUUGUAAAACUUCUGGGGAAGUUGCUCCACAAAGGGGGUGCCUUCAUUAACUCUUUGCUAUAUUUGGAGGAGCUGGGUUUUCGAAGCUCCUCUCCUAAUAUUAAAAAGAUUGCCUUCAUUGCUUGGAAGAGCCUCAUUGACAAUUUCGCCCUUAACCCAGAUAUUCUGUGCAGCAGUAAGCGUCUGAAGCUGCUCUUGCAACCGCUCAUUUCCAUCCAUGUCCGGACUGAAGCUCUUGUGCUCACUAAACUGGAGGUUUGGUGGUAUCUUGCGGUCAAACUCGGGCCAAACCUGGCAGCAAAUUUUGAGCAGGUUGGCAUUCCGCUGCUGCAUAGCACACUACCUUCAGAUUCUCCAGUGCAGUCCCUGGUCACACCUGCACGAAACACUAACCCAACCAAUGGCACCCCUAACACCCCUAAAACAGGCAUCCCAUCUUGUAGCACGCCAGGCAAUACUCCUCGUAUGAGUCUGAACAGCAGUAUGCAGGCAACUCAGUCCUACCGCUCCAUUCAGCUCCUGGGGCUUGAGAUGCUUCUGCACUGGUUCAUGGGUCCAGAAGUCACAGUCACAGCUGCUAAAGAAAAUCUUCAGCUCAGCCUAGAGCCCCUGACACACCCGCUCUUCACCAGUCACUCAUACUUUAACAGACAUGCCACUACUCUCAUCUCAGCGGUCAAAGAUGGCUUCAGUGCUGUAGGACAACAUGCUCCAGAAUCUCUUCUCAGUCUUGUUUGGAGCAAUCUGAUUCAUUUUGUCAGCACAACAAUAGAAUCCGGAAAUAAGAAAGAGCGUCAGGGUUCAGAGGUCCUCACUCUUCUUCUCCAGGCUCUCCAGGCCAUCCUGUCUUCAGAUGUUCUGCCAGCUGACCGUGCACUGCUUUUGCUGGAAGCUGCAGUAAAGGGAAUACCUCAGAAAGUUCUUGGUUCUGCAGCUUAUCAAGUUGCAAACAUGGAUGUUUUGAAUGGUACACCAGCACUUUUCUUAAUCCUGCUUUUCUUCAACAAUAGUCAGGUCGCAGCGUUUCUUGAAGAUGAGAGGUUUUUCACAACCCUGGAGACUCUUGUGAGCUGUGGGUUUUGUGGUCCUACAUCCCCUUUGACCUUUGGAGAGGCUGUUUUAGGAGCACUUAGUGGGAUCGCGGUGACUGUUAAGAGCAAGAAACAGCUCUGGAGGAUGUGGAGUGUUGUUAUUAACCUUCUAACUGACACCAUAACUCAGACCAAUGAAGUGAAUCAAGGAGAUGCGUUGGAGCAUAAUUUCAGUUCCAUUUACAGUGCCUUGAUGUUCCCUGUCGUUCACCUGUUGCCUGGUUCAGCCCUACCCCAGACAACGCAGAAGAGCAUGAUGAGUACCUGGUCCAAGCUUUAUAAGGCUUUCGCCCGAUGCUCGGCUUUGGUGGCCACGGCGGAGGAAAACGUAUGCUGUGAAGAGCUAUGUGCCAAGAUCUCUGCUUCUCUAGACAAUGAGUCUUUGAAGAGUCCGCUUGUGCUAGAUGCAUUAGCAAAUAUCUUGCUGGUCAUAGUAGAGAGUCUGGAUUUUUCUCCUUACACCCCUCAGUUCCAGCAGAAACUGAAAUCUCCUCGAACACCCUUGAGCUGGGUCCGGAAGAGAAGCAAAUCUCUUGGCAAUCUUUCCACCUUCCACAGUCUUCUGAUACAGACUUUAGAAGCGUUUUUAGCUCUGGACCCCUCAGAAGCAUCUGCAGAAGCUACUGGUGGUGUUUUAAAUGGACUUGGCAUGACGCUCAUUGGCAUCAUGUCUAUGCUUUUCUCCAAUAUGACAUUGCCCACACACAUACAAGAGAUGCUGUCCACUAUCACACAACCACUCACACGUCUCUAUGUACAAUACUCGAGUUUUGAUGAACACUCAACGUCUGAUGUCACAGUAGGACCCAAGUUGGAGAAACUGGCCUCCGACUUGCUUGGGUGCCUUCAGAUACACUCAACAUUGCACGACGACGAACUGCUUACGGUGUUGUCGCCAUUGCUUUGUGUGCUUUUUCCACACAAGAUCAAGCAAAUUCGCACAGUGGCCACUCACUUCUGGAACGCCACAUUUGGAAAUGCAGUCACCUUGACUUACUCCGAGCCUCUCAGGGUCGUUUUAAGUCAGGCCAAGCAGAAGACUCCUUUGAUUUUACCUGGAUUUGAAGCUGUUGAUAAUCCUGAUGAUUUCAGUGGACAGAAUACGAGUGAGAGUUCUCAGAUGGAUCCUCAGAUUAGCGGUGUGACGGUCACCUCUGUGGGAAAGAGGGACUCUUUUCUGGCUAGGGCAGAAGAGCUGAAAGGGAGAAGCACGGUUUCUGCCACAAAGCCUGUAUCUAUAAAGCUGGAUUUUGGAUCCCCUAGACCCCAGAGACGUGAAGCUAUUGAAGAAGAGGCAUCAGUAGAUUUUGUUUUUAUUCCACCUGAGACAAAGGAAAGAGUGCUGACUGAACAUCAGAAAGAAGUCAAAAGAACCAAAAGGACUGAUAUUCCUGCUCUGUACAAUAAUCUGGAUGCCUCCAUGGACACCACAGUCUUUACACAAUACACUCAAAGUCAGGAGGAUUCCAUAGACAAACUGACAACAGAUGAAAUGGAUAAACCUAAUGAAGAGGAUAAGGUUCAGUUGGAGUUGUUUCCAUUCCCCAAGGAGGUUGGCGCACUUGAGGAACCAACCACAGAUGUUAAAACAACCCAAGAUGGCACCACACCAGAGGUCAGAGAAACACCGGAGAAAGCUACACAAGAUGAAAACCAAAUUUCAGAAAAGAUUGAGACACCAUCUAGUGACGUCUCAGUUGAUGCGAGUGGGCAUGAGAAAACAGGAUUGGAGGCGUCCAGCCCUAAUGUUUCGAGUUCUUCUGACAUGAUAUCAGGUACCCCGCCUAAAUCCAACAGCAGACGGCAGUCUUUCAUAACCCUUGAGAAGUAUGUUGAGGGAAAGCCAGCGAGUCCCAUGGGUGAAACUACAUUCACCGGUCCACUCACACGAAACUCAAACAAACUGGAUUCUUCAAAAGCAUCGCAAUCUGCCUCACAUGACUCUCUUGACUCGCAACCUCUGACUUUGAAAGAGGACUCGCAAAAACCCGAAGAACUUGGCACCACGGAGUUGUCUGCUCAGAAUGAGCAAGAAAUGGAGGAAGAUGAUGAGAUCAAAUCAACAAGUCAUCCUUGUGAAGGCACUGAUGAGGAAGAUGUAGUUCCUGAUACGCAGAACCAAAUAACCGAAGCAGUGCAGGAUAACAAGGACAGUCCUGUGUCCAAAUCCAACACAGAGGCAUUGGUGGAACCUGAAAAAGCCUCUCCCGAAGAGGAUUCACAGACCUUUUCUCUAACUUCUAGUCAAGAACGAAGAAGGUCAAGCAGACGUCGUAGUAGACCUCUUCGCCCGGGCGAAGAUCCAACGGACAGGGGGCAGAACUCUAGCAAAUCUGAAGAAACAGGCAGUCAGGGUUUAGACUCUUCACCAACAAAUACACAGAAGCUCGUACCAACUCCCACUAAUUCAACAAAUAGCACUUUGCUGGGAAGAAGCAGGAGAAGUAAGAUUCUGGAGGAGGCUAAAGCUGAAGGUGACCAGCCGAGGGGGAAAAGAGGGAAAGGAGAGCUUAAACGGACUGAUUCACAGAUUUCAGAAUCUUCACAGGUAAUGGACAUGUGUGGUCAUGAAGAGCUUAGUCAGAUGGAGUCAUCCAAAGAGAGACUGUCACCUCUCAAUGAAUCUCAGAGUCUUUCACCAGGCCGAUCUACGAGGAAGACUAGACUGCACAGCAAUCUCGUGGGAUCCACAGACAAGAAAGAAAAAGAUGAAAAAUAUUCUCAAAACGCUACAUCCAAUUUGAGAAGGAGACUUUCACAACCGGUUUCCAGUACAGACACCGAUAGCCAGCAAACUGGCAGUUUGAGAAGAACAAGACGGUCUGUUGCAUAUGAAUUGGACGCUCCUGGAUCACAGACCAGAGAUAAAACUGGAACGGAAGAUCAAAAAGUGCAGGAUGCAGGCGAGAAAAAUUCCCAAACGUUGGUCAAGGGCAUGGCUACAAGACGGAGACACACAGAGGGAGACGUUAAUUCUGUAACUGCUGAGGAUUCACAGGCUGAGGAGUUGGAUUCCUCCCAAGGACAUGGUAGAUACAGAACUCGAAGGUUGUCUAAAGGUUUGCUGUCCCCAACUGACAAUACAGAGUCUGAAAACUCUGAUAGCAAAGUUGGACCAAGGCCUAAAAAGAGGCCACGUAAUCCUUUACCCGCAGAGGUGUUACCGUGCACCGCAGAAGCUCCAAAAAUGCUGGUUGCAGAGCAUAUUCAAGUUUCAAUGGAGACAUCUGCAUCCCAGGAUGGGCCAUAUCCUGAUCCUAGUUUAGAUAAUGUCUCUGCAACUGAAUCCAAAGAACUUGUUAAUGAAGAGAUGCCUGUGACUGAGAUUGUAAAUAAUGAACUAAAUACCUCUGAAAAAGAAAUCGAUACACAGUGCAAGAGUGAAAUAGAAUUGAAGGUGGAAUUGGAUACGGAGAAAAAGGAGACUGUCUGUUUGUCCAUCGAUGAUAAAAAUGAGGGUAAAGGGACAAAGUCCUCUUCGCAAGAUAGUUCAGUGGGAGCUGAAGAUUCAUACUUGAAGUUUUUCCAUAAGUGCCCUCAUACCAGGGGACGGGGUCGUGGUCGUGGUCGCAGACGUUCUAGAAGCUGUAACUGCUUUUCAAAAACUCCAGCCAUGCAAGACGGUGACAUGCAAGAAUCGCAGGAUGAGAAAAAUGAGCAGGUUCCACUUGACGCCAAUGUCUUGACCUCACAACCAGAUUCCAUCCCCAUGUCUUUAUCAGAUGAAAACCAAUGCACAACCCAAGAUGCUGCAGCCGUGCAGUCAUCUUUAUCCUCACCGGAUCAACUCCCUUCUGAGAUUUUGUCUUCUGAAAGCUCUAGCAAUAAACUUGAUGUAGUUGUGUCUGAAAGCUCUAGCAAUAAACUUGAUGUAGUUGUGUCUGAAAGCUCUAGUAAUAAACUUGAUGUAGUUGUAUCUGAAAGCUCUAGUAAUAAACUUGAUGUAGUUGUAUCUGAAGGUAAGGAAGAAGGAGCUAAACUUGAAUUGGUGGCAAAACCAAUGGAUGAAUCCAGUAAGGAGGUAAAAGAAGCCUAUGAGAUGAAUCAGUCGGAGGGUUUAGAAAGCACAAACAUUCAUGAGCACAAAGACGGAGCGGAUAGUUCCGAAAAUGCUUCAGGAAGUCAAGAAGCACUUCAGAGUUCAACACCUCAGGACACGUCUCCAAGCAAAGCUCAUCCAGUAGAAGAUGCACCUGUAUGCCAAGAGCAACUAGAGUCCUCUCAUGUCCAGCAGGAAGAUGCUGUCGACGCUGCAGUGAAGGAAAGUGAAGAUCUUGCAGAGAAAAGUGGAGAAGCUAAUGAACUAAUCAAGAAUGUUGCUUCUUUUGAGAACGAUGGUGUAGAUACCCAGAUAGAAAAGCAGGAUCUGUCUGCAGAUGUUCAAGAAGCUGCAUCUGAUGCUGACAAGGAUGCAUCCACCUCUGAUGUCUGCUUAGAUUCUCCACCCAAACCUAAACUAUUAGACGGUGUAGCUGGAGAACUAGAGCCUGGCCAGAGCCCGAGCAGAAGUAAAACUUGUGUGUGGUCACCUUCAGCUUCCCCAUCCACCAGCAUUCUGAAGAAGGGACAGAAGAGAGCUUGUGAUGAAGAUUCUCCCUCCCCUCUUCUUAAGUCUCGUCGAGUGUCUUUUGCGACUCCAAUAUAUCAUCAAGAACUGGCUGAUGACAUUGAUCGACGUAGUCCAGUUAUUCGCACCAGCUCACCGAGGUCAAAGGUCUUGAGCGCACAGCCAAAGUACAUCACAACGCCUACGAAAGGCUCUUCAUGUCUUAGCCCACGUAACCUCAGAAGCCCUGGAUACAAAAGUUCAAAGAAGUGUUUGAUUUCAGAGAUGAGCCAGGAGCCACGGCCUAUUGCUAAAGAUUGUGUUUACCCAGCACUGGUUGGCUGCUCUACUCCUGUAGAGGCUGUUUUACCACAGAUAACAUCCAACAUGUGGCCUCGUGGCUUUGGUCAGCUUGUUCGUGCCAGGAACAUUAAAACUGUUGGAGACCUGAGCGCCCUCACCCCUACUGAAAUCAAGUCACUUCCUAUCCGCUCACCUAAGCUGUCCAACGUGAGAAAAGCACUUAAAACAUAUUAUGAGCAACAGAGAAAAGGGCGUUCUGAUGAACUGAAGAGUUUUGAUGAAAUGGAGAAAAUGACUUCUGAGCCUGAAGACAUGGAGCUACCACAAAACCAAGAUGAGGAGAAAACACCAGCAGAGCCUAAAGAUGACAAACAAUCAGACACCAGCGUAGAUUCAGGACUGAUCGCUCAGGAGCGCAACGCUGAUGAUUUGCUGUCAGAUGUUGUAGCUCUUGGUGGACAGUUAAAUUCAGAGGCACUUGGUCGCUGUUCACCCAACCAGCUGGGCCUGAUGCAUGAACAUCUCAGCGGAAUUAUGAGAAACAUCGUAGCCCAACUUCAGUCUCGCCUGCUGAGUAAUCUUGACGAUAGCUUGCCAUGAGGACAUCACUUUUACCUUCAAGACUUGAGUUUUAACUCGAAGACUCGCAGUGGACUGCUCGUUCAAGUUUUAUCUUGGAUUUUAGAUUAGAUUAAAUUCAAAUUAUGCUCUUUCAGAGAAUAGACUUUAAUGGCCAAUAUGCAUUUAUAUUGCUUCUUAAGUGUGUGUUGAAUAGGAUAUUAUGUAUUUUAUGGAACAAUUUUUAAGACUGUAAAUUGUGCUGAGGUAACCUUUUUUUAAGAAAAAUAAAGUUAUAGUAUUAAUAAAAUAA